AUGAACGAAAACAAUUUUAAUGAGUUACUGCAGCUAAUUUCCCCACUGAUUAAAAAACCAGACACAUGUUUUCGUGAAGCUAUUCCAGCAAGUCAUCGUUUGGUCUGCACUCUCAGCUUUUUGGCCACGGGCGAUAGCUACAAAAGUCUUUCAGCUUUUUUCCGUAUUGCCCCAAACACUAUCUCAAAAUUUGUUCCUGAAGUUUGUGAUGCGAUUUACAGUCAACUUCGAAAUACUUACCUGAAGAUACCUUCAACAAAAGAAGAAUGGGCUGAAGUUGGUUCGAAAUUCCAUUUAUUAUGGAACUUUCCUAACUGCAUAGGAGCAGUUGACGGCAAGCAUGUGGUCAUGAUCGCACCCGCAAAAUCAGGAAGUACGUUUUACAACUACAAAGGAACUCACAGCAUAGUGCUUAUGACAGUUGUUGAUGCCAGUUAUAAAUAUUUGUAUAUUGACAUCGGCUGUAACGGGCGUAUUUCAGAUGGUGGUGUUUUCAGUAAAUGUUCUCUGCAGCAUGCCCCCGAUAUGGAUUCUCUAAAUUUACCACCUCCUCGUCAUUUAUUAGGUCUGUACGUGUCCAUGAGCACAAAGUUUCUUGAAGACUUGAUACUUGAAUAUUCGGUGUGA